AUGCCAUCACGAACAUCACCUACCGGCUUCAAGCCGCUGGAGGACACAUUGCUGUUCAAACCACUCAAACUGGGCGCCAUCAGCCUCGAACACCGAGUUAUGAUGGCCCCCCUGACCCGUAUGAGAGGCUCCAAGGAAUCCGACGGUGUCUAUGUUCCAAACGACUUGGUGGUUGAAUAUUACUCUCAGCGUGCAAGCAAAGGCGGCUUCCAAUUGACUGAGGCAUGCCCAAUCAGCCGGUUAUCUUGCGGCUACCCUGGUGUUCCAGGAAUCUUCACCCAAAGCCAAAUCGCCGGCUGGAAGAAAGUGACUGAUGCCGUUCACGCGAAGGGCGGAUUCAUCUACUGUCAACUAUGGCACGUCGGUCGAGCCACCGUUCCAGGCUUACUCGGCGGUCAGGAUGCCGUCAGCUCAAGCAACAUCCCAAUCUCGGGAAAGGCCUUGGACGGAUCCGACUAUUCUUCGACUCCCCCAAAGUCGUUGUCCGUAGAGGGCAUCCAUGAAAUCGUGCAGGAAGAGGCUGCUGCCGCCAAGCGAGCCCUGGAAGCUGGGUUUGACGGUGUAGAGAUUCACGCUGCGAAUGGUUAUCUUUUGGACCAGUUCCUCCACGACAAUGUCAACACCCGGACUGAUUCUUACGGUGGAUCGGUGGAAAACCGUUGCCGAUUCCCGCUUGAAGUCAUCAAGGCCGUCACCGAGGCUGUAGGAGCAGAUAAAGUCGGCAUUCGGUUGUCACCUUACAACUAUUUCCAAGACACCAAGGACUCCAACCCUAACGCCCAUUGGGCAUAUCUGUGCGAGCAGAUUGCCGCAUUGCCUCAAGCCAACCGCCCUGCAUACGUCCACAUGGUCGAACCGAGAUUCGACGAAGUCCUUGAUGAGUCCGCAAAGCUGCUUGCUCUCCAACAGCCAACUACGGAAACGUCAGUAGCCUCCAGAGCAAACGAGGGCAAGCCAUCUUUAGUGCCUUUCCGAAAUAUCCUGAAGAAGGGUGACAUUCAGUUCAUUGCUGCCGGGAAUUUCAAUGCUGAGAAUGCCGCUCCAAAGGUAGAGUCUGGCGAUGCCGAUGGCAUCAUUUUUGGUCGUUGGUUCAUUGCCAAUCCAGACCUCCCCAAGCGACUGGCUGAGGGACUCCCGUUGAACCAGUACGAUCGCACAACAUUCUAUGGCGCAGACCCUCCCGAGAAGGGCUACGUCGACUACCCAUUCUACAAGGAAGAGGAGGUCUCUGCAUAG